AGAGAAUAUUCCUUGAGUCUGCCUUGUGGAGACGGACAAGCCUGGGGCGAGUUCUAUUGUGUUCUUUUUGACCGCUUGUUGUAUGCUGACUGCCACCGAGUUUCAGUCUGGAGUUCCCAGUUGUUGAUACUCUCAUCGUCCAACGUUCGAUUCAUCCCGCAUCACCAAUUUUGCUUGAAGAAACAUUUCAACAUCAAUGUCUCCUCCCACGGCUUCUCGAAAUACAGGCAUUAAGCCUCAGGGACGACCCGUCAAUGAAUUGUUCAAAUCUAAGCAGUUUCUCGACAUCUAUGUUGGCGAAGGAAAGGUGCCUUGGACCUUGACACGGGACUUCCUUCGCGACCGGAUUCCCUCUCUGUACAAGGCGAUAGCAACCCAGUUGAAGGGCUCCACCGAGGAUACUUCGAGUGGUCAAAUACUCAUCAAAGACGUCGAGCCAGCCGUAUUUGCGAUGGCACUGGAUUGGCUUCUAACGGGGAAACUCCAAUGUCUCAAACCGCAUGAUGCCUCGGUGGCCACCCAAGGCCAUUUUGGAAUUUGGUGUGCGCUGCAUGUAUUUUCUGAAGGGUUUAAUUUGGCGGAGCUUUCAACUGCCAGUAUCAAUCAACUGAAGAAAUGCCUGAGCCGGACUCACUGGAUUCCAAGCACCACUGUGAUCAGAUAUGUUUUUGAGAAGACGUCAGAAGUGUCCCUCUUGAGAGAAAUUGUGGCAGCCGAAGUGACGAACGCAUUCAUAUGUCAGCCACUGCAUCAACUCAAAGAACAGGCUGAGGAAUGGGCAAGCCUUGUGGACUGCCAUCCAGAAUUCCAUGCUCAGAUGCUAGUGGCGUUAAAGGUCCAGCUCACCCCAAAGGAAACCGGAGCAAAGCUUCCUAUUUCUCGUGAAUUAGGGGCAAAGCGUAAAACCGUUGAAGACGAGGAGAUGCAACCACAAGGCAGGAGCGGGUUUGGAUUUGUGGAGGUGAUUGAUCUGACAAGGGAUUCUUGAGUAUAUCAUUAGAAUGGAUAUGUGAUAUCUCCCUGGGCUCGAUUUCGCUAUGGAAACUAAUCCGAUGCCCAUUCCACCCCGAACACAGCUUGAUGUGGAUAAUCCUCACUUGAGAGAUGUGGCGCCUGCAACAAGACUGUCUGUUCAGAAAGCAGUAAGGC